AUGUCACAGCCUCGCCAACAUGUGGCUCUGGAUGCCUUUUUCGAGUGGGAGAAUCAAUCAUGGGUGGAGGUAGUCGAGGAUAUAGCGGGGGAUGGAAUGGCCUACUUCAUGCCACUGGAUACUCUCAAGGCCUAUUUCGCCGCUGAUGACUGCCAAAAGCUGAACAAGAUCCUGUGCGAGGUCUUUGCAACCAGGUAUCCACCCGUGGACGCAGAAUUUCUUAUGCGGGAACACGUCGCAGUGUUUGCCAUCCUCCUGCGAAUUGGGCGAGGGACCUACAUCGAGCAUUUUGCCCGGUACGACGAGCUUUCAGAUCGGCGGCUCCCCUUUGAUGAGACUCACCCACCCGUGGGUUUUCCUCCACCGGACGACGAUCCAACGUUUCUACGGCGGUUUUGUGAAAAGCAGAGGAUGUACUGCGUUCCUAUGUUCGACGCCCAUAUGCUCCACAAGCAUUUCGGAAAUCAGCGACUCCUCCCGAUCACGUGCAAAGAACCCCGUGGAGGCGAUGGAAUUUCUAAUAAAUAUGUCAUCCAGGUUUAUGGACCUCAUAACAAGAUGAUCCCACGUGAGGAAGAAACGGCGAACAAUCCUAACGCAAAUACCUUCCUGCUCAAGAGGUACCCAACCAAGGAUGGCGAGCAUCGUUACAACCAGAAAAUCAACGGAUUUCGAAGUGUAAGGCAGGCGGAGAGCAUCAUCAAGUUUUAUGGCAGCUACAUCCAUGGAGAAAAUUACAAUAUUCUCCUUGAGUUUGCUGAUAAAGGUUCGUUAGAGGAUUACUUUAGGAGAGAAUCGCCUCCAAGUCGUGGGGGGGAUAUCAUCAACUUCUGGGAGGGCCUCUUUCAACUUAUCAAAGGCUUGAAAGCGAUCCAUUCUGCUCGAGAGGGACACUUCGAUGUGAGACCAGAUAAUAUCCUGGUUGUCGGCAAUGGUGCAGAGACCUCGGACUGGCUAUUCAAGUUUGCUGAUUUCGGGGCGAGCAAUGUCAGAGGCGAGAUUUCCGAGAACAGAUUACCAAAGGCCAAUGAGAUGAAAGAUACCCCGACUUAUGAAGCUCCCGAGUGCUACUCACCGUACAAUUCAGAAGAACAGUCAGCAGGGAGUUCGGGCAAGGUCACCUGGCCGGCCGACAUCUGGUCCCUUGGCUGUAUAUACAGUGAAGCAGCAAUGUGGAUUGCGGAUGGGUUCAAAGGACUCGAAGAUUAUCGAAAACAACGAAUGGCCGAUACGGAUAGAAUUUUGUUCAAGGGUGGGGAUUGUUUCCAUGAUGGCGAGCGAGUGUUGCCAUCCGUCGUUGACGCGCACAAAGAGAUUGAAGACCGCCUCAGACGUUCCGAUUAUAUUACCCAGGACGUCCUAGAUUCCAUGGUGGAAGAAAUGCUGUGGGAGGAAGACCGGCCGAAUGCGAAAGCCUUGUGGAGAAAGGCUGAAGGGGUGCUCGCGAGAGCACGUCAAAGGUUGGGAUCAAAUGCUGGAGACGAGUUAUCAAGGCACAGCAGUGGACACCGAUCCUUACCUCCUCUUCGAUCUUUGCCUCCGACAAAACCUCUACCAGUCCCUCCACGGCCCCCGCCAGCUGGGCUAUCAUCCAUUGCGGAGCAAGUCAACAAUGUGGAGAAAUGGCGAUCACAAGUCACCACUUCUGUCGUCAGCAGCUCGCAGCCCGCCAGACCACCCAGCGAUAUGUCCAGCCCGGCGUUGACCCACGCUCAGUUGAGUAGUGCUGCAAGUGUGAAAACGGAUCUUGACAGAGAGAUAAAUGGCUCUCUAGCCAGUUGGCAAGUUGUAGACGACAACUCGCAAGCCUCACCGACCACUCCGUUAUCAUCGCCACAUACCAGCACGUAUGAGCCGAGUGUUAACGAUGUACCACCUAUGAGGCACCGAAUGUUUCGCCCCCACCCGCAGUUUGAAUACAGGAGACCGCCUCAAGCUAUGUCUCAUACGUCAAAUCUGAGGAACAGUGAGUAUGACAACGCAUAUAUAGUCACCUCACCUCUUGAAAUUCAACAUCGACCGCAACCUCAAUUCCAGCCUCUGAGUCAAUCUCAAAUCCCACCUCAAUUUCAAUUUCAAACUCAACCACAAACGAAUGUGCGUAACGACUAUGUCGACCGUGGAUUUGUACCUGGUCCAACUCCACCGAUGCCGUUGCAGCAAAAUGGUUUUGCACCUAUCUCAGCUCCACCUACACCCCAGCAGCAAAAUCUGCCACCUCUACCUAAUAACGGGCCAAUCUCCACCAACGGCCCACCUCCCGAUGCGCCACGGCGAAAAACAGAGACUGCUCGGAUAUUCUCGCAAGAAAUUACGACGACCUUCCGUACCCAACCGGAUUGGGAUAUUGGAAAUGCCAUUGUCGAUCCCCGAACUGCCAAUAGUGAAAAGAGAACAAGUCUCGGCAGAGCGCCCAGUCAAGCAGCAAGUCAAGCCCCAAGCCAAGCUGAAAGUCAAGCCCCAAGCCAAGCUGCAAGUCGAGCACCAAGUCGAGCCGGCAGCCAACAUUCAUCGAGCGUCUACUCCGGAAGCAUCCAGCCCGAUUCAGUCUCAUUCACGACCAUGAUCCAAGAAGGACAGCAAUCCAAGCUCUCCCCGAAACCAUCGACGAAACGAGGGUUCGGGUUUUCUCUUUUCCCAACCAAAUUUCGAAAUGAUUCAAAUUCGCCCCAUGAGAUCUCCCGCCCCUCUACCCAGCAGGACUCUAAUCCGCCACCAUACUCUAGCUCCGACACAGCAAGUUCAGUGUCGUACCUCCCCGAACAUGGUCCAUCCAUAGAAUACCUUUCUCUCAACACCUGCCUUGAAUGGAAACGCGCCAAUAAGAAGAUUAAAAAGAACCAGAGAUUACCACCGCUACCAGGAGCCCACCGACUCAGGGGGCUCAGCGAUCGAGAUCAUGUCUUCAUAAUCGACGACUCCGCAUCCAUGGCAUCCGUCUGGCCCGACGUAAAGCGCCUCUUCGAAGCCCUCUCCUACACCGUAAAGGGCAUGUCCCCGGACGGCACCGAGCUCUUCUUCACCGUCUCCUACGACACCUGGCGCCGCAAAGACACCUUUGAUCUCUGCCAAUACCUGGAAAAGAAAACCACGCAGCUCAAAGCCGCAACCGACAUCUCCAAGCGCCUCUCCCUGCAGUUUGAGACCUACCGCCACAGAUACCAGCAGCAGAAAUCCGCCGAGGAAAAAGGCAUCGACAGGAAGAAGCGCGAGAAGAUCGCCGGCGUGGCACCGAAGAUAGUUCGCCCAAUGAGCUUCUACAUUCUUACGAACGGCGAGUGGAAGGCCGGCAGCGACCCGAAAGCCGUGCUCACCGAGAUGGCGGAUUGGCUGGUAGCGCAAAGCCUCCCGAAAGGGCAGGUCACGGUCGAGUUUAUCAGUUUUGCGAACUCGGGCCCCGCGAUGCAGAAACUGAGUGAUCUGAGCAGAAUGGAGUUCGGCGUUGAUAUCGUGGAUUGUACGAGGUGGACGGGGAAUGUGCUGAAGAUGUUGGGUGGGCCGCUUGAUAAGGCUUUUUAUGCCAGUCAGGAGGGAGGUGAGGCUGGUGGGGGUGGGAGUUUGGUGGCGCAUGCGGGUCCUCCCGGGACGGCGCAGAGUGUUAUCAGUGAGAUGGCUGCGUAA